GGAUGGCACUGAUGGUAUGGCUGGUGGUAUGGCUGGACGGAAGGGAUCGGGCAAGGGAAAGGCGAAACAGAAGGCUCAGGCCAAGUCGGCCAAGUCGGCCAAGUCGACCAAGUCGGCCAAGUCGGCCAAGUCGGCCAAGUCGGCCAAGAAGAUGACGAGGAAGGAAAAAAUGGCCAAGGCGCGCGAGGCUUCCGCUGGCCCAAAAUCAAAGGCCGGGAAGAAGGAGGUCACGACCAAGGCCAAAUCCAAGUCCAAGUCCAAGUCCAAGUCCAAGAAGAAGAAGAAGCAGAAGCCGUCAAAGGGGCAGAGCAAGAAGAACUCAAAGUCAAACAAGUCGAAUAAUGCCGCAGGUCGCAGCAGCAGGUCUAACAAGGGCCAGCGGGCCGGCGCCAAGUCCAAGGCAUCGACCAAGAAGCAGGAGAGCCGGGCUGGGACGGCUAUUGAUGACAAGCCCGCUAUUACCGCUGAGAGCAGCACGCAGGCGGUGGCCCUCGAUCAGCGACUGGUGAUCAACGACAUGGUGCCAAGCGGCAAGCCCAAGGUUUUGCGAUGCGUGUACUGCCCGGACGCACGCGAGGUGCCCCUUACAGAGAGUGAGGCGCAUGUGGCGAGCGCAUACCACUGUGAACGAGCGGCGGCGUUUGUGCGCGAUGUCGAAGUCGGCCUCUAUGAGACGACGCGCCUCUCUGCCUUUGAGCUCGGAUCGAGCUACGCCGGGCUCUUGGUCACGGUCUCAUGCAAGGUGUGCAUGGUGCGGUUCAGGCUCGAAGGCCUGUUGGCGCACGAGGCGAGUGUGACGCAUCAGGCUGCAGCGCCGGCGUACCGGGCUGCGCUCGGUGCCGGAACCAAGGCCGGAAGCACGAGUUCGCCCGCUGUGGUGCGGACCCGUACCUGGGACGACAUGCUCGAGGCGCCGGGCAAGGCGCCGACGCUGGAAGACAUGGGCUUCUUGGCUGCGCCCGAGCCGCGAGUCGGCAUGUCAUUCUCGGACAUCUUCUCGCCAGUGCUCGGCCAGCGGGCCAAGGGCGCUGCGGCGGCAGCAGUAGCCACGACAGCCUCGACGCCGCUCCGCCAGCCGGAGCUCGGGCUGCGGUCGGGCUCAAUCUCCGAGUCGGCGUCUGGCUCCGAGUCGGCGUCCGGGACUGUUCCUGAGUCGGCCAGUGCUCUGGGCGGGGUGGUGGCUGGCGGCAAAGGCAUGGCACUGGCCACAUCUGCCGCGCCCGCCGAGGUCGGCGAGUUGUCGUCCGACUCGGGAUUCAUCGCGCUCGACAUGGGCGGGAGCGGAGCAUCGCCGCCUGGUACGAAAGCAGAUGCGAGCGAAGACGAGUCGGGCUCCAGCGGCCCGUCGUGGUUCCGCGGGCCGUACGCGGGCGAUACCGUGUCUGAGCGGCUGCAUGAGGAGAUCCUCGACUUUUCCAUGACCAUGUCGUCGACGCCGAGCGAAGACGAGAUGCGUGCGGUUGUUGUCUCGCAGCUGCGGGACUUGGUGGAUGUGGUGUGGGGCGGAAAAGCACAGCUUGAGGUGUUUGGCUCUGUGGCGCUCGGGCUCUGCCUCCCGACCUCGGACAUCGACACGGUGGUGUUUUGCAAGGACAGCAGCGGCGAGCUUCCGCUGUACCGGCUGGGCGAGGCCAUGCUUGGGUGCCCAGACUUUGAGUCUGUGCAGAUCAUCGACUCGGCCAAGGUGCCGAUCAUCAAGGCGGUGCAUACCGAGACCAAGACGGCAGUUGACGUGUGUUUCAACGUGUCAGACGGCGUCGAGGCGCUGAGCAUUGUCAAGGGCCAGCUCGACCAGUAUCCGGCGCUCAAGCCGCUGGUCCUUGUUCUCAAAUACUUUCUGGCGCAGCGUGAGCUGAACGAGGUGUAUCGCGGUGGGAUCGGCUCGUUUGCGCUGACUAACAUGGUUGUGGCCUUUCUCCAGCACCGGCGGCCGCAGGUGACUACCUCAUCGAGCCUCGGCAUCCUGCUUGUAGAGUUUAUGGAGAUGUACGGCAUGCGAUACAACUACUUUACCGUUGGCAUCUUUACCCAGGGCUCGGGUCGGCUGUUUGACAAGUCCAAGCAUCCACACUUUCGCAAUGCGCCGCGCGGACGCGUCAAGUCAGGUGAACUCUUCCGGCUCUGCAUCCAGGACCCAAACAAUCCGCAGAACGACGUCGGCUCCGGCUCGUACGCCAUCGGCAAGAUCCGGUCGGCCUUUUUGCUGGCCUUCAAGUCGCUGGUGGCGACCGACUCGUACCCUGCGUCGGGUUCGAUCCUGGCCGCCAUUGUGAGCGACUCGGCCAAGACCACGAGCCUGCGGCGCAACAUCGCCCGGCUGUACCCGGGCACGGGCGCCAAGCUCGUCUCCCGCAAACGGAUGCGGUCGUCCGACGACGAAUCCGGCUCGGGCUCGGGACCUGCUCCCAAGCGCAAGCGGUUCAUCAAAAAGUCGGCGCGGAUGAAGCGCAAGCUCGCCCGCAAGCGCCGUGAGCUGCGGAUGGGAUUUGAGCCGUCGAUAUAA